UUGAAUAUCCUUGCCAGUUGUGGUAAACCCUCCAAAGUGCCCGAGAAAAAGAACAAGAAAAACGCGACGGAAGUAAAAAACGGCGCAAAAACAAGCACGUUUGUAUACCGUAUAGAUCGGUAGACCUUGCACUUUCGCUCGUCGCGUAUAAAGGAAGCCAAAGCCACGCUCCCGCGUCCAGAUCGUCGCGGAACGCGUCGACGGCACCCACGCAACUCAUUGUUCCGUUUUCCUUAAAAUUACCGUGGUGUAUAGCGUUGUGGUCGUGGAGAGAGAGAGAGAGAGAGAGAGAGAAAAAAACCAAUAAUCGGGAAUUGGAAAGAGAUGCCGGCGGACGAGGAGACGCACAUGAAAAACAGCGCCGGGGGUACGAUCGAGGUGCGGGAGUGCGGGGGUAAAAAAUCGCCGGGACACUCGCCGAGGCGCUGCAAACCCGACGACUUUACAGCGACGGGCGCCAACGACGACACCGACUCGACCAGCAGUACCGAGGACAUUGCCAUGGACCCUCCUGAGGACAGCGCGCCCGGCUUUGCUAGUCUACCCGACAGACGGAGGCACGAGAAGUUCAUCAGGGACGCGGUUGAGAUCAUCCUCAAGGAGGCUGUGUUUGAGGGCACUUCGCGGGACAGCCGCGUGGUGGAGUGGGUAAAGCCGGCGUUCCUGCCGUUGCUGAUCGACCUGUCGCCGGCCUGGCACGGCGAGUCCCACGAGAAGCUGCUCCGGCUGGUGGGCUCCGUGAUCCGGUACAGCGUGAAAACCGGCCACCCGCACUUCAUCAACCAGCUGUACUCGAGCGUCGAUCCUUACGGUCUCGUCGGCCAGUGGCUCACCGACGCCCUCAACCCCUCGGUCUACACCUACGAGGUCUCACCCGUUUUCUCCCUCAUGGAGGAGGCCGUCCUGCAAGAGAUGCGCACCAUCGUUGGCUGGAAGAACGGCGACGGCGACGGGAUAUUCUGCCCGGGAGGCUCGAUGGCUAACGGCUACGCGAUGAACCUGGCGCGCCACCACAGCCACCCGGUGGUGAAGGAGCGGGGGUUGCUGGCGGCCCCGCGACUGGUGGUCUUCACCUCGGAGGACGCGCACUACUCUGUGAAGAAGUUGGCGGCUUUUCUGGGGAUCGGGAGCGCCAACGUGUACGCGGUGAAGGUGGACGAGGUGGGGAAGAUGCGGGUGGACGAGCUCAGGAGGAUGAUCGAGCUCGCGGUGGACGAGGGAGCCCGGCCAAUGAUGGUCUCGGCCACGGCGGGGACCACCGUGCUCGGGGCCUUCGACCCACUCCGGGAGGUCGCGGGGGUCUGCGCGGAGUUUGGCCUGUGGUUUCACGUGGACGCCGCCUGGGGUGGUGGGGCUCUUGUCUCCGGUCGCCACCGGCCGUUGCUCGACGGGCUCGAGCUGGCCGACAGCGUCACCUGGAAUCCGCACAAAUUACUCGCCGCGCCCCAGCAGUGCUCCACGCUGCUUGUCAGGCACAAGGACCUCCUGCAGUCGGCCCACGGGUCGAAAGCCUCGUACCUCUUCCAGCCGGACAAAAUGUACGACACGAGCUACGAUUUCGGGGACAAGCACAUACAGUGCGGCCGCAGGGCCGACGUCCUCAAGUUCUGGCUGAUGUGGAAGGCCAAGGGCACCCAGGGCCUCGAGAGCCACGUCGACCGGGUGUUUGAGCUCUCGAGGUACUUUGCGGACAGCAUAAGGCACAGAGCCGGCUGGCAGCUGCUCCUCGAGCCCGAGUGCACCAACGUGUGCUUCAGAUACGUCCCGCCAUUGAUGAGACACCUGAAGGGCGACCAGCUGCUGCAGGCGUUGCACAAGCUAGCCCCGAUCGUCAAGGGCCGGAUGGUGGAGAAGGGCUCGAUGCUCAUAACGUACCAGUCGAUCCGGGAUCAGCCGAACUUCUUCAGGCUCGUGUUGCAGAAUUCGGGCCUGACCGAGGAGGACAUGCUCUUCUUCGUCGAGGAGAUCGAGAGGCUGUCCGACGAUCUGUGAACUCGCACGGCCCGUUACGAUCGGUUGGAUGUUGUAUGGAUAAAAAUACCCGAGGAGCACGAGGAACUUGUUACCGAUGUCGUUGUGAUAGAUUAUACAAAGAGAUGAGAUUCGGAGUGACGAAAGUAUUCACCUUCCCUCAGUUUUGGCGGAGACUAAGAGUUAUAUAGUAUUGUUUUCCAGUUGUAGUUCAAACUAAGAGAGUAUUACUAUGUUGCCGAGAGGAGCCAGCAAAUAAAAGAAACUUGAAGCAUCA